AGAUUAACUUCACCGUGGCCAUUGAUUUCACAGCUUCCAAUGGUAACCCAGCCCAGCCCACCUCACUCCACUACAUGAGUCCCUACCAGCUGAACGCCUAUGCCAUGGCCCUGAAGGCAGUUGGGGAGAUCAUCCAGGACUACGACAGCGACAAAAUGUUUCCUGCGCUGGGCUUCGGAGCCAAGUUACCACCCGACGGACGAGUCUCCCACGAGUUUGCUUUGAAUGGGAAUCCUCAGAACCCGUACUGUACAGGUAUCGAAGGUGUGAUGGAAGCCUACUAUCAGAGUCUGAAGUCCGUUCAGCUCUACGGCCCCACCAACUUCUCCCCUGUCAUCAACCACGUGGCCAGGUAUGCAGCUUCAGUGAAGGAUGGCUCCCAGUACUUUGUGCUCCUCAUCAUCACUGAUGGCGUCAUCUCAGACAUGGCACAGACCAAGGAGUCCAUUGUUAACGCAGCAUGUCUGCCAAUGUCCAUCAUCAUUGUGGGGGUCGGACCUGCGGAAUUUGAUGCCAUGAUUGAGUUGGACGGAGAUGAAAUCAGAAUUUCAUCCAGAGGACGAUAUGCUGAGAGAGACAUCGUUCAGUUCGUCCCGUUCAGGGACUACGUUGACCGGACGGGGAACCACAUCCUGAGCAUGGCCCGGCUCGCCAAAGACGUCUUGGCCGAGAUCCCCGACCAGUUCCUCUCCUACAUGAGGACCCGUGGGAUCAAGCCGUCACCGGCACCACCUCCCUAUACGCCGCCGGCCCAACCACUCCAAACUCAGAUUUGAGGUGCGAUGCUGAGAAGGUAUUUUUUUUUUUUGAGCCAGGGGUUUCACUUAACUGACUUAGUGCUCGAAAUACUUCCAUUUCCUUAAAGCCGCUCUCCAUGCCUUGACGUCGUAGGUCACGUUGAUCUUUCAUGUGUUCGGGAAGCUGCAUAUCGGGCCAAGAGAGUGACGCUUUGGAGUACAGGAAAAGCCAAUGAGAGUCUGUUUACUUCCACCACUGUCAAGCAUUCCUGUUAUUGUCUGGAUUUUUUUCUUUUUUUCUUGACUGGGAAAUUUGGUCAGGCUUUGGGAGUUUGUAAAGUUUGGAUUCAAGCUAGGGAAUACAUUUUUGUCUGCCUGGAUCCACCUGGUGAAUUGAGGAAGCGAGGAAGAAAAGGAAUGAAGGAGCGACCUUUAGAAACACUGUAGAGAGAAUGUCUCCAGACAAAACAAAGGAAUCACUGAUCUUAAUUGAUCCUGUAAAUAACUGGACAUCUCUCUGUCUCUCUCUCUCUAUCUCUCUCUCUCUCAGAUAACUCACUGUUUACAGUAAAUGCAGACAAGGAUUUUUACUGUUGAUACUUUUAUAUUCACGUUGUUUCAAUACGAAGCUUGUUAUUCUCUCUAAUACUCUCCGAUGUAAUUCUCUCUCUCUCUCUCUCUCUCUCUCUCUCUCUCUCUCUCUCUCUCUCUCUCUCCUGGCGUGUGUGUCAGGUAGCAGCAGUGCAGGUCCUGGUAGCCCUUCUGUACCGUACCGUGCUGUACCGUACUGUACUGUAUUCUAGUGUUUGUAUAAACCUUUUGCAUGGGUGUAGCCUCAGUCAAGUGCAUGCAUUUAGUGGCCCUGCACUACCUCUUCUUCUACCCAUCUAUCCGACUGUCCGUACGACUGUGAGUCGAGUGUCUGUCUCUCAGUUUGUCACUUCACCCUGUCUGUCUGCACUGCUCUCAGGCCUGUCUGUCUGUCUGUCUGUCCCCAUGUUACUUAUCUUCUUCCUGUCUAUCUCUCUCUCAAUCUUUCUUUCCUUUCUUUUAUGCCUUUGUCACUUUUACUUGCUGUAUUCCCAUGCAACAGCUUGAGAGGUUUCCCAGAGAUGUGAUGGCCCUGUAUGAGGGUAUUUUAUGUAGCAUAUAUUGAUUAAUGAAUGGGAACACAGCAACUCUUUUCCCGUCUCUGUCUCUGUCUCUGUCGUUCAAACUGCCUUGGCAAUAGGAUGCCCACAUGCCCCCGGGGUUUCGUCUCAUCACGUCGUCUUAACACCCAAGUCCCUGCCCCGUGUUCAAAGCGACAGCAGCUGCUCUCAAAUGGGAAACUGUUUGAGCAAAAAGAGCCCAGUGGUCAAAAAUGCAAAGAAAAACACAGUUUCCCUAUGUUUGCUUUUUUGUGCCAUUUAUUUGGGAUGUGUAUUUUUAAAUUCCACCUUUGAUAUAGCUUUUUUAUAUGUUUGUUUUUACGACGUGUACUUAUACGUGCCAAUCAUAUGUAAAGGGAUGAUUUGUGUAAUGUCACUGACAACGUCCCUCAACUUUAUAAUUUAACGAGUGAUCGUUUUUCUGUAUGGUGUCAAAUGAAGAAUGAGAUGAACAUAACUGUGCUGAAGUGAUGAGUGAAUGUGAGUAUGAAUGAAUGGAAUAUUUAUAUAAAGACAACAUGAGAUGGAAUGUUAACGUCUUAACAAAAAGUAGUAAUGAAGGAACAUUUUAUCAUUAAUAUGUGAAUUACAGUGCAGCAAGUGAUGGUAGCAUUGCAAAACAGGAUUUUACUACAUUUUUCGUCGUACACUCGCUUCAUGUUAUCAAAACUUAUUCGAUAAGCAUUUUGAAAAGUUAACUAAAUUCUUUGCAGGUAAUAUUUUACACCUUAAAUUUCAAAGACAAGUAACAGCUCAUCAAACUCUGUUGAUUAAUACAUUUGUUAUACAUACACUGUGUAAUACAUAAACAACUAAUUUUAGUGCUAUUAAAUCAAAAUUUCUAAUAAGAAACUGAUGAUACAUUAUGUAAAUCUUAAAUCGGCUUUUCAUCUCCAUCUUCCUUUGUUAACUUUUUACUAAUUUUGUAGCUCCAGCCAUUGGUCAGCUAACUGAUAAAGUAAUAUCAGACGUAGCAAUAUCUAGGUAAAGUAAAUGAUCACAUCAGACUAUCAAAGGGAUUUUUUCUUUGUGACAUGAUAAUUGGCUGCACAGAUUCAAUCCCAGGACUCACAAACAGCCUAAAUUGAAUAUCUUGCCGAGCUAUUUGAACGGCAAACUACCUCCUAUUUCUAGCUACAUGUUCUUCAGGAAACAAUAACUUAAUACUUCCGCUUUUAUUACAUUCUCAGUUCAUCAAAUCCCUGCACAAGGCUCGUUGACAAGGACAGGACACAGUAUGAGAGCAGAAAAAAAGCCAUAAAUUCUUGAAUUUCAAUCACAACUGAAUACUUCACUAUAAAAUCAUUAUGCAAUACUUAAGAUUGAAAUUUUGAUCCCACAGAUUUUGUAGAACAGAUAUUACAUAUUUUCCAAAGUAUGUUCAUUUAUAUGAACAUACUUAUAACUCUUAUAGGUCAUUUAAAGUUUGUAUGUUUUUAUUAUUUCUAGUGUUCACAAUUGAGAAAUAUUCAAAUGCAUUUAU